GCCUGUGUUAUAACUUGUAAAUCUUCCAUAAAUCGCAAAGAUUCUUUGAAUCAGCUCUUGGGUUCCAUUUAACAGUAAAGAUCCCAACUUUCUUGCAUUUUUUUUCUCCAUCACGAGAUAAAUUUGGAGUACUUGGAGUCUUUGUUAAUUAUUUUGGUUUCUGUUGUGGUGUAAAAAAGAAAAGAAAAUGGCCCGGAGGAAGAUCAGGGAGUAUGAUUCGAAGAGAUUGUUGAAGAACACUUCAAGAGGCUUGCCGGUUAUGAUAAAGUUUCAUCUUUCAAGUUAGACAAAUAAAUUAGGUUGGCAGUAACGGUGGCAAUGGCAAUGGAGGAUAAAAAAAUUUUAAUGAUUGAAGAGCAAAUAGAAGGGAGGGGUAAAAUGAGUUUAAGGCCACUGAGAUGGCAUGUCACGUGGCAUCCACCUCAUCAAAUAUCAGUGCACCAUCUUGGACAAACUUAGCGGAUGAGGAGUAUAUAUGGAUCAAUAGUAUAACGACAGUGAUAUAUUUUGACAAGUAUAAGAGAGAUAUAUUUGACCCUUUUCUAAUAGUAUAGGGAUAUAUUUUACCCUUUGCCGUAAAAAAAAAUUAUUCACAGAAAAAAAAUUAUUCUAUAGACUCAUAUUGUCUUCAGCCUUAGAGGGUCGUCCAAAGUCCAAACCUAUUCAGAUUGGUACACUAACCAGAGAGAUAGAGUUCACUUGCUAAAAACCAACUAUGAGUGAUGGUUCCUCCAACUCUAUGCCCAAGACUGAAAUGGAUUCAAAAGAUGAAACUAUUUUAGGUCAAGAUCAGGUCAAGCAAGCUCAACUGAAAAUGCACCUUCACAGUACCAAAAAGGAAGAUCAUGAAACCAUCGAAUCCUAUGUGAAGAAAUUAAAAUGCACAGCCGAUUCUCUAGCAGCAAUCAACAGUCCAAUAUCAGAUCAAGAUUUGGUUUUGCAACUUCUCGCUGGUUUACCUUAUCAAUACUUGCUCCUCAAAAAUAAGAUCUCAUCUCAGUGUCCUCUCCCAAAUUUUUCAAAGUCUUGUUCCAUGCUAUACGAAUACGAGAAAUCCUUGUCAGGGCAAUCAUCAACUAGGCCUCCUCUUAGUUCAGAUGAAUCUGAAAAUAAUAACUCAAAUUCCAGCAAGAGUACUCUGGAGACGCUGCAUGAUAUAGCAAAUGCAGUGACAACUAUGGUAUCAAUAGGAAGCACCCAUUGUAAUGCGUUUGGAUGGUCUCAAACAUCAACAACAAAUAGGGGACGUGGUAGAGGAAGAGGAAGAGGAAGGGGACGUGGUGGAGGAAGAGGAAACUGUAAUAAUACAUUUUAAAGAUAAUCCGAUCUUGACUGAUAACACUGUCUUCAUUUUCAACACUAUAUAUGACAUCAUUUAAUAAUUUUUAAAACUAUCUGAAAAUUAUUUUAGUAAAAAUAUUUUAAACACAUAUGAGCUCAUUAAAGUAUAAAUGUAUAAGUAAAAGAAAUGACUAUUUUUAGAUUAAUAGAUAAGAUCAAUAGAAGAAAGUUACAGAAAAAAUAAAAUGCAGUGGAUGGGGUUAUUCUUCCCUUAAUCAGGGCUCUCGGGUUUGAUCCUGUGUAUGAAAAAAUCGAUAGUAGGGAGCGCUUCCCCCGAAUAGGUCUUACGCGACACGAAUGCAGAUUAAUGAGGCUCCAAUGCGGAUAUCGAACAUCGGAUAGAAAAUUUAAAAAAAAAAAAAAAAAAAAGAUAGGAUAUUCGACAGCUUUUGAAAAGUUGACUAUGAGUACAAAACAAUUAAUUUGACUUUAAAAAAUAAGAUCAGGACCUAGAAGUAAUUAAUUUAAAAGUUUUACAUUUUAUGGGAAAUUUUUGUAAAUACUACAAAGCUCCUUGGUUGGGGUUCGAGCAUGAGUAUGGAAAUAUUCGUAGUAGGGGGCGCUUCCCAC